GAAGACAUGUCUCUCGAUGAUGAAGAAAAGUUCUACGGCGAUGCUAAAAACUAUUGGGAAGGAAUUACGCCAACUGUUGAUGGUAUGUUGGGAGGAUUUGCCAAAAUUUCACCAACAGACAUCAAUGGAUCACACGCGUUUCUUCGCCCGUUACUUGUGAUUGGAGGUGGAAAAACUGAGAUGACAAGGGCUUUAGACUGUGGAGCUGGAAUAGGGAGGAUAACAAAGAGACUACUGCUACCUAUAUUCAAAACAGUAGACAUGGUGGAACUUAAUCAGAAAUUUUUAGAUGAAGCACGGUCUUUUAUUGGAGAAGAAUCAUCACGUGUGGACAAUCUCUUCUGUUCAGGACUACAGAACUUUACACCUGAACCAGGCUCCUAUGAUGUGAUCUGGACUCAGUGGGUACUGGGGCACCUGACUGAUGAACACUUGCUCAACUUUCUUAAAAGGUGUCAAUUAGGUCUGGCCAAAAAUGGUAUUGUUAUCCUAAAAGAGAACAUUUCAGGACAGGAGAGAGAGUUUGAUGAGCUGGACAGCAGUUACACAAGAACACGUGCUGAAUUAGACAAAGUGAUUUCCAUGUCAGGACUCAAAAUUCUCAAGUGUGAAAAGCAGAAAGGCUUUCCCAAAGGAUUAUAUGAUGUUUACAUGUAUGCAUUACAAUAAAUAUGUUGUACUAAGAA